UUGCUAAGUUUUCGCGGGAUUUUUCGGGCCCGGUAAGUUGGUAGGCGUCGGUCUGGUUUGCAUGUUGUGUGGGUUCUUGCGGCAGCGCAUCGCAGGAUUUUGUUGUCAACGCUAAUGAAAAGAUGUCGUUUGCAGUAGUUCAUAUUCAAGAAUUUAACACGGUCACCGUGGUACCAUGCAAAUGGAUCAGAGGACAAGCAUGUGCAUGGCCUCCAACGAAUGCUGACGUCGCUGCUCGACUGGCCAAGAAGAGUGUUGAUCUGGAACCGCACUGGAAAAGAUAUGACGUCACUUUCAUAGGCUUAUACUCUUCCUAUGAGAAAGCAAAAGGAAAGCUGAAUGACUUGCUGUGCCAAAGUCCAAGCAAUGAAACUGAAGCACCUCCUGCCAAACGAAAAUGCCAGAGAACUUUCCAGAAAACCGUGUAUUUAUCAGACAGUGAUGAUGACUGCAAUUCUCCAUCAGUGCCGUCAAGAAGCAUCACUUCAGAGAGUUGUGCUGCUAAGAAGACUGCCAUAGUUUAUGAGAAGUCCUCACCACUUGUGAAAGAGGAGCCCUCAGAUCACUCACGAGAAGGCUCUGCAGUCCUACACAUUGAAGGCAACCAGUCUUGUUUUUCUGCUAGAGAUUCUUCAAGAUGUUCUAUUGCUGAUGUCAUCACCGUACCAUGCUCACCAGCUUUGGCAUCAGUUUCAGGCAUGCUAAGUGAAGAUGACUGUGAAACACAUAACGGGAAAACAUUAGUUUGCAAUUCAUUGUCAGAUUUUCAAAGACAGGUGCUGCAUCUUUUGCGCAUUGUGCAUAGCAAGCUUGAGCAGCAGGGACAGCAGCUGAAAGUCCUGCUGGAGAAACUAGGGCACACUGAGCAAGAAGAUCCUCUUGUGCUGUUGAAACCCCUUGAAACGGAAGAGGAACUGGACAUUUUUGAGGAAAACCUUUCUCACAGCAGGAAAGACCAACUGAUCUUGCAGCUUGGCCAAUAUGGUGGCCACAACUUGCCAUCAAUAGUCCGCAGGAUAUUAAAGCAAUUGAUUCACGACAGUCUCGCUGCAAAGUUCAGCUGGUUUGGGAAGAAGGGGAAAGCACCAUUUUGUCAGCUGAAGCUGGCUGGCAUCAUUACGAGUGCCGUGCGAAUGAAUAGGAAGUUUAAAAAUGCAACAGAUCAUGAUGUGCAAGAGGCCGUCCAGAGUUGGCUUCGGCAUGCACCUGCAAGGCAGCAGAAAGAGACUAAAAGAUCGCUGCAAGAAUACUAGCCCUGCACACGGUAUCUUUUCUUCAACCCACGUUGGAGAAGAUCUGCAGUACAUAAGCAUUUAUUUAUUUACAUUUUGUUUCCAACCAUCAAGGGCUGCUGCAUUUUUCACAAUAUAUCUUCACAAUGGGUAUGAUCA